CUACUCGUAUAUUAAUAAGCCGAGACGAAACUUGGAACGAUCAGUUGAUAAUCAUCUCCGUAUUGGUGCGUUUAGUUUAGUUUGGCAUUCGCAGGAACGAACAACAUGAUUAAGUACGUUGGUGCUGUUGGAAUUUUGUUCGUGGUUUAUUUUGUCGGAUCAAAUGGAGCUGAUCUUCCAGUUACCCAACAGUGUUUGGGUUGCAUCUGCGAGGCGAUCUCUCAAUGUAACACAACGAACAUUUGCUCAGGAGAUGUUUGCGGACCGUUCAGGAUCACAUGGGCCUACUGGAGUGAUUCCGGCAAACCUACGGUGAAUAAUGAAUCGCCAGAAUCACAAACUGCCUACCCUAAUUGCGCCGGUGACACUUACUGUGCCGCCCUUUCUGUACAAGGAUACAUGAGCAAAUUCCAACAGGAUUGUAAUGGGGAUGGAAAAAUCGAUUGUGAUGAUUACGCCCUGAUUCACAAAUUCGGAGGAUACGGAUGUAAAGGAGUCCAACUUCCUGAGCCAUUCGGAGAACGUUACAGACAAUGCAAAGCUAUCGUCGGUUAAUUUAUUUCCUUAGUUUUAAUUUUAAUUUAUAACUUCACUGCUUAUUUAUAAACUCAAACGGUAUAAUAUGUAAUAUACAUAUCUAUUCCUGCUGUGAAAAUUAAUUUAAUAAACUUUUUUGUAUAAUUUUA